GGGACCGGGAGAGCAGGGCGGCGGGCGAGGAGCGCGAUGCUGGACGCCAUGGAGGUGCCGAGCCACUCGCGGCAGCUGCUGCUGCAGCUGAACACGCAGCGCACCAAGGGCUUCCUGUGCGACGUGAUCAUCGUGGUGCAGAACGCGCUCUUCCGCGCGCACAAGAACAUCCUGGCGGCCAGCAGCGCCUACCUCAAGUCGCUGGUGGUGCACGACAACCUGCUCAACCUGGACCACGAGAUGGUGAGCCCCGGCAUCUUCCGCCUCAUCCUGGACUUCAUCUACACCGGCCGCCUGGCCGACUGCGAGCCGGGCGGCGAGCAGAGCCUGGGCGCUGUGCUGGCUGCCGCCAGCUACCUCCAGAUCCCCGGCCUGGUGGCGCUUUGCAAGAAGAAGCUGAAGCGCAGCGGCAAGUACUGCCACCUGCGCGGGGGCUACGCGCCCUACAAGCUGGGCCGGGGGCUGCGCGCCGCCACGCCGGUCAUCCAGGCGUGCUACUCGGGCACGCCGCGGCCCGUGGACCUGCCGCCCGUGGAGCCGGCGGCGCCGCUCAACACGCAGUGCGGCGAGCUCUACGCGUCGGCCUCGCAGGGCGCCCCGCUGCACCCGCACGGGCUCUGCCCGCCCGAGCGCCACUGCUCGCCGCCCUGCGGCCUCGACCUCUCCAAGAAGAGCCCCACCGGCCCCUCCGCCCAGCUGCUGCCCACCGACCGCCUGCUGCCCGGCGAGCCCCGCGAGCCCUCGCUGCCCCCGCGGCACGACAGCCCCCCGGUGAGCGCCGGCCUCCUGGCCGGCCACGCCGCCGCCUACAAGGACUCGCCGCCGGGCGGCGAGCCGGGCGGCCACCCGCACGCCGCCGACCCGUUCCGCGGCACGCCGCCCUGCGCCGAGCCGCCGCUGCCCCGCGCCGACGGGCGCGAGCUCAUGUACCGCUGGAUGAAGCACGAGCCCCUGGGGCCCUACCUGGACGAGGCCGAGGCUGAGAAGGAGCUGGAGCGGGAGGAGAAGGGCGAGUCGCCGCCCGCGGCGCCGCAGCCCCGCUACCCCAGCGUGGAGAGCAACGACCUGGAGCCCGACAACAGCACCAGCGAGGACACGGGCAGCAGCGAGGGCCCCUCGCCCGGCGACGCGCUCGACCGCUACUGCAACCACCUGGGCUACGAGCCCGAGAGCCUGGGCGACAACCUCUACGUGUGCAUCCCCUGCGGCAAGGGCUUCCCCAGCUCGGAGCAGCUCAACGCGCACGUGGAGGCCCACAACGAAGAGGAGCUCUAUCACAAGGCGGCCGCCGAGCAGGCCGUGCCGUUCCUGGACAAGGGCGGCCCGGGGCUGGGCGACAUCCUGCGGCCCUACCGCUGCUCGUCCUGCGACAAGUCCUACAAGGACCCGGCCACGCUGCGGCAGCACGAGAAGACGCACUGGCUCACGCGGCCCUACCCGUGCACCAUCUGCGGCAAGAAGUUCACGCAGCGCGGCACCAUGACGCGCCACAUGCGCAGCCACCUGGGCCUCAAGCCCUUCGCGUGCGACGCGUGCGGCAUGCGCUUCACGCGCCAGUACCGCCUCACGGAGCACAUGCGCAUCCACUCGGGAGAGAAGCCCUACGAGUGCCAGGUGUGCGGCGGCAAGUUCGCCCAGCAGCGCAACCUCAUCAGCCACAUGAAGAUGCACGCCGCCGGCCCCGACGGAAAGGCCAAGCUGGACUUCCCCGACAGCGUCUACGCCAUGGCCCGCCUCACCGCCGACCAGCUGGGGCUCAAGCAGGAGAAAGCGGCCGAGCUGCUCUCGCACACCUCGCACUUCCUCAGCGACCCCAAGGCCAUGGAGAGCCUCUACCCGCUGGCCAAGUUCACGGCCGAGCACCUGGGGCUGAGCCAGGACAAGGCGGCCGAGGUGCUGGCGCAAGCGCCGCACCUGCACGCCGAGGCCGCCCGGACCAUUGAGCGCUACUCGCCGCCCUAG